AUGAAGUUGAACAUUGCAUAUCCGGCUACCGGAUGUCAGAAAGUGUUUGAGAUUGAUGAUGAAAAGAAGCUGCGUAUAUUCUACGAGAAGCGAAUGGCCCAGGAAGGAUAUGUCUUGCGUAUUACUGGUGGAAACGAUAAGCAGGGAUUUCCGAUGAAACAAGGCGUGCUGACAAAUGGUCGCGUACGUCUGCUGCUCUCAAAGGGACAUUCCUGCUACCGCCCACGUCGCGAUGGCGAGCGUAAACGCAAAUCAGUUCGUGUUUUAACAGUGAAAUUUGUUUUAGGUGAGCAGGAGAUUCCUGGCCUGACGGAUACGACUCUUGCUCGUCGUUUGGGCCCCAAACGUGCCUCCAAAAUUCGUAAAUUGUUCAAUUUGUCGAAGAAAGAUGACGUCAGAAAAUAUGUCAUUCGUCGAAAGCUGCCAGAUAAGGAAGGUAAAAAGCCGCGCAGUAAAGCGCCAAAAAUUCAGCGUUUAAUAACGCCUGUUGACAGACAGGCGGCGCGUGCUGCUCGUCGACGUUCCUCAGCCUCGAGACGCGAAUCGGAGGGCGCUAUGCGACAGAGCAAAAGCAGCAAAUAG